AUGACUGUGCGUGACAAGCUGACGCUAUCGCACCCGCCGGCGGCGGCCGUGAACACGCUGAACAGCGUCGUCACACCUGGCAGCUUUCCCUCCGCGAGAUCACUACACAACCUCACGGUCGGGCCCACGGUAUCCCCCGCCUCGCGGGUCCCCACCACCGCUGCAAUGCAGCAGCAGCAGCAACAAUUGGGCUCUGAAGCUGCGUGCCCGUUCCCCAAUAAGGCCCACGCCAUGGACAAGGCGGCUCUCUCGUUUAUCCUGUCGUCGUCCGAUUCGGAGAACGACGCAGACGAAGCGAGCGAGAGUGGCGACGUUGUUAGCAGUUCGACGAUCGCCAAACGAAAGCGUUCGGUCGCGUCUUCAACGUCGGAAAAAACUGCAGCCCCUAUGCGGAAAGGCAGCAAGUUUUGCUCGGUGGCAGGCUGCAGCAGCCGUGCGAAACACGCAAAGCGCUGUUGGAAACACGGCGGAUCCGUCAAGUGCAAGAUGCUGGAUUGCAUCAAUCGCGCCAAGUCCAAGGGCGUUUGCUGGUCCCAUGGAGGAGGCACUGUGUGUUCGUUCGAGACGUGCGACACGAUUGCCGUGUCGCAUGGCUUUUGCUGGGCUCACGGAGGUGGCAAGCGAUGCCAAGUGCCGAGCUGCUCCAAGCCCGCGUACGAACGGACGCAGAAUUACUGCCAGACGCACUACGAUGAGUUGAGUGGGGCUGGCACGGGGGCUGUCUAG